UGCAGUGAGGCCAGGCAAACCGGCUAGGAAAGCAAGGCAGGCAGCGAUUCACAAAGGCACUGGCAGCAGUAGGCGAGGCGACUUUGGCUUUCAGUGACUCUGGAUGAACCUCGGACGGUGGCGGCUGUACUGCUCUGCUUUUGGUUCGGCUCCCGACCUGCGCCCCUACUGCCCCCCUCACUUACUGUCUUUCUGUCUGUGUGUGCGUGCGCGUCUGCAAGUGUGUGUCUGAAGGGCCGAGAGAGCGCGCGUCUGCAAAGGGGUUGAUUGCAUGAGUAGGUGCCUUUGUCUGUCUGUCUGCACUAGCGCGCCUGUCUAUCGUACCAUCGCAUCAAGCCAACCGAGGUCCUCUUAUAGCUGUAUGUCGGCCUACUGAAGCUGGUAGUGUGGUGCUAAUCGGUAGUGGUCUAUCGUGUAAUAGUUGGCUCCGCUGGCUUGCUCAGCGGUGGCCCCACUGCGGCCCUGAUCGCACUGCCGCCCUGAUCGCACUGCCGCCCCUGAUCGUUGAUCGGCUGCUGGCUGAGCCGCGCGUCGUUUAUCUCCAUUCGAAACGACGCCUGCGGCGGCAGCAAUGGCUACUCAGCCCGAGGCAAGCGACGCCCUACAGCCGCACGGACCUACCACCGGACAACCGGCCGCCCAGGCCAACCAAAGUGGACAACAACAGCAGGUGCAACAGCAGCAGCAGCAGCAGGCAGCUCCGUUGCCGGUCCAGCAGGAAACCGUCGAAUCGUUAGUCAAGGAAAUCGAGCACCUAAAGCUGAAGCUCGACGAGGAGCGCAGAAAACUCAAUGAUGUCGCUCUGUCGACAAUUGCUCAGCGCCUCGAGACGAUAGGUCCGGUGAAUAUCAAGCCACGACGCGUCCUCAAAGGCCAUCAAGGCAAGGUGCUUUGCGCCGAUUGGUCCAUGGAUAAGCGGCAUAUUGUCAGCUCAUCGCAAGACGGAAAAAUGAUCAUCUGGGAUGCAUUUACCACCAACAAGGAGCAUGCAGUUACGAUGCCGACGACGUGGGUAAUGGCCUGCGCCUAUGCCCCUUCAGGAAACAUGGUUGCCUGCGGGGGUUUGGACAAUAAGGUGACGGUAUACCCACUUAGCUUUGAAGACGAUGUGUCGCAGCGUAAAAAAGCUGUCGGCACGCACACCAGCUACAUGUCCUGUUGUCUUUUUCCUAACUCUGACCAACAGAUAUUGACGGGCAGCGGAGACAGCACGUGCGCCCUGUGGGACGUUGAAUGUUCGCAGCUCCUGCAGAGCUUUCAUGGUCAUUCGGGCGAUGUGAUGUCUGUCGAUCUCUCACCAACGGAGAUGGGUAACACCUUCGUAUCAGCGGGCUGUGAUCGUCAGGCUUUAAUUUGGGAUAUGCGAUCUGGCCAGUGUGUGCAAUCGUUCGAAGGCCACGAUGCGGAUAUUAACACUGUAAAGUUUUACCCUAGCGGAGAUGCUAUUGUCACAGGAUCCGAUGAUGCUACGUGUCGAUUAUUUGAUCUUCGCGCAGAUCGAGAAGUUGCAAUGUACACAAAACGAAGUAUAAUUUUUGGCGUCAACUCAGUAGAUUUCAGCGUGAGCGGCCGGAUGCUGUUCGCUGGCUAUAACGACUACACGAUCAAUAUAUGGGACACUUUGAAAGGCACUCGUCUCACGAUUCUGUACGGACACGAAAAUCGAGUCACUUGCCUAAAGAUAUCACCCGACGGUACUGCGCUCUCCACCGGCAGCUGGGACUUCACGCUCAGGGUGUGGGCCUAAUAGGGAUCGCACGAAAUUGAAACCGACUGCUUGAUAUUGAUAGAAAUUAUUUUACUUCCGAGCGAGAACUAAGUAAUAACCUGAUAAAAGCCAGACACGAUAGAGGACACAGCCUGCCCGACAUCAAUCAUAUCUUGUGUCCUCUUUGUGAACUGCGACUUUGUCAAAAGUUCGAUCCUAAAAAUUUGGCACGCGCCAGCCAGCUCGACGCCCUCUGGUGCGUUUAUAACGUUCAUUCAGACUAGCUAAACCCAACAGGAAGCAGCUAAUUAAAAACCAUAAACAAUUAACACACGAAACUAAUGAGCAUACGUAAGUGUUCGGUGCGGGCAGAUACCGACCGAAUGUGGGGCACUGUUCGUACACAGUGUUCACAAAAUUGUUGGUUAGGUUUAGAAUAUCAUAAAAUUUAUCUGUCAGUGGUAAAUGGCACUGAUAAGUAAAGAUACGAGUAUAUCGCUGAUGAUAAGAUCUGGUCCGUGGUGAUAAUGAUGCGUUACAAGGAGGUCUAUGCGCCACCAGCUGCUGACAAGCUAAUAAGUAAAAAAAAUAACGAAGAACGGUAACGUGAAAGGUCAAUGGCCGAUACGUGUCAUAGGGAAACAUAACGAGAGGUGGGCCGGUUUAAAACUUUGGGUUAAAAAAUGGGCCGUGAAAAGAGAAAAGAGGACAACGCAAUUCCUUUUGUGAGGAGGUCCUUUGAGCAAAGUGUGUUCCCCGAGCGGUCCGUGUAUUUCGUCCAAAACAAGAAACAGCUCUACUCAUCGCAACUGUCUAUGAGCAACGAUUUGUAAAAAGAAAAUAAUGAAUUUAGUUACGGCCUAAGUGUGGACACCUUCGAAUAAAAGAAAAUUGACAACCCGGUAGUGACAAACGACGAGAACAACAAUAACAACUACUCAGUAAUCCAAUAAAAUUGCCCAUGGUGCCCGACCGUUGACCCGCUUUCGGGUACUGCACCGUAUCCUUUUCAUCUGUCUGCUGCCAAUACUAUAUAUAUUGGACUCCUAUAAAAAAAAAAUUGGUUAAUGCCACCUCGCCAAAAAAAGAUCUGCUCUGAAUAAUGUAAAAGAUCAUUUUCAUAGCAUCGCUAAAAUCGUCUUUGUCAAUACAGCGUUUGCGAAAAAAAGACACAUAAGCCUUCUGUAGACGCUGUCUUUAAAUAGAUUCGCGCAGUUCUAGCGUGGCACGCUGAUAGCACGCUGGAAGGUGUUAGAAGCCUGUUAAGGAAUACGUGAGACAUCUUGGCAAAGUCGUAGACAAUUGUAAAGAAAAAACUGGCCAAAUCCUUGUUCUGUUCCCAGAUUGCAUUGACGAGCACAGAGGUAGCAUGGCGUGUACUGGCCAACGAAUAUCAAAUGCAAAAUCUAUGUUAGGAUCUUCGACGGAGACAGACUGAUAUAGCACCAGUAAGUAACAGAAAUGGGAAAAAGUACUUGUUUGCAAUGUAAUUAGCUACAUCUUUUCGUUCAGCAGGAACUAUAAGUCUGUGAUAGCAUUAGAAUUAGAAAAAAACAUAGGCAUAAUUAGGACGAAAGCAGGACGGACAGGGAAAAACAAUAUAGAAUACGUCCUACAGGCAAACAUGAUUAAAUCCAGAUAAUCUAGUUUAGGCUUACAGCCAAAGACCUCACAUUAUUAUGACGAUCUAAUACACAGUAGUAGAUAAUAUCCCCUCAUGAGGACCGCUCGGGCGGGGUGAAGCGAAGAGUAUUUAUUAUAGAGUAAUGGAAACAUGUGAAUUAUAAUAAUAAAACACUACUUCAUAACAGUAGUAAUAAUAACAUUGAUAAUAACAUUACUGUAAUAAUUACGAUGGUGAAUAUAUUGCAAUGACUAACAAUGUUAAAAACGAUCUUCCCAUGAAGAUCUAGUUGGUUAAUCUAAAUAUUACUCAGACAAACAUAUACACACAUCAAUAAACGAAUAACAACAACAACAACCAGAUAAAUUAGAUAACGAUGGUUAUAACGGGAUGAGCGGGGAGGUUCUAGGAGUGUGGGGUCUGGAGGGAACACGGCGGCGGAUCAUAUCUCUAUAGUGAGACCAUUUAGGUUCCGGUUCGCUGUGUUGUCCGAAGAGGUACGUUUUCGCUAAAUCUGGUACAAGACGAGACGGCCCGUCGGUUAUAAUCUAAUGAUUGGAGGAGUUCGUGCGAGCAGCUGUUUGACGCAUGAAUGCUACGAGAUAAUAGAAACGGUAUUUUCGUUUUUAUCGCUGACGCGAUACUACAGCUUAAGUAUUCAUUGAUAAGUAUCAUGAUGAUGACGAAGCUACUUGGCCGGAUCGAUAGCGUACUGCUUCGUGUACUCUACACAGACAAUCGGUUUUCGCAUCGACGGAGAACAAACGCAUGUCCCCAAAUCUGGGCCGAAUGUCGAGCUGGGCUCUCGCGAACGCAAACGAGAAACAGUAUUGUUAUUGAACAUACAUACGAGAUGUGUGUUGAUACUGAUGUAUUGGACGUACGAUAUUAUAUACGCUUGUGUCUUUUAUUUUGUUAAACGUUAGGAAAAUAGGACGUUUGAACGGUCGAGACCAACUUGCUUCGUAUGCAAAUUCCAUAUCAGCAUAGACAUAUAAUAAGGCUAAUAAGAGAAAAUAAGGUAGAAUGACCUUGGCUCGGUUGUUGUUGGCAACAAGCACAACUUUUGGACGAGGUGUAAGAAGAAGCGACAAUGCAAUACUUUUUUAAUGGGCACAUGGAAGAAGGCCGUGUAUUACCAAGAUGCGGGACAUGCACCCGCAGAUUCACAGUUGAAAAAUGGAACGUGAUACAUGAAGAUAGCGUGGAAGAACUAGCACAGAAUGGACUUUCGAUUGAAGUUGGAUAGGCUCUGGGGUAAAGUAAGGUAGAGCACUUAGGGACGAACAGGAGAACGCACACAUGCAUGCACGCACGUACAGAAUAGGAAAACAGCCGUGAAUGAUGUGGUCCUGACAAAAGCGCCUGCGGAGACUCCAUCUCAGAACACCGAUACAUAAACGAAAGGACAACGGUCAAAGUCAAUAAUUCUGUUUUUCUUGGUCCUGUCGAUUCACUCAUUCGGUACACGUACGCACCGCGUACCACAUUUUAUAAACACAUACAAUCAUCAGAAAACACUCACAGUUGUAUACACACAUGCCAGUAAAUAUACAUAGAUACGAGUGUAUACAUACAUAUUACUUUAGUGGUUAUAUGUGUUUUUUCGCCGUCAAUCGUUGCUCAAGUAUGGCUACACAAAUACAGUUGUUGAUUGAUAAAAGUUAAGCGGCUAAAGAGUGGCAAAAGUGUGUUGACCACUAGUAGCUUGAACGAACGAAGGGAACCCCAAGAAAACCAGUGAGGGGUUGGCUAAACCCAUUUUCAUGGAAAUAAUAAGCGAAGUAUGUAGCACAUUAUAACAGAAAAGAUGCAGGAGACAUAGAUUAGCACAACGACAACCAAACAACAUUUACACAGCGGGAAAAUGUGGUGUCAUGUGGGGAGCAUAUAAGGCGAGGGAGGAAGAGUGCGCUGCAAGAAAGCAUAAGAAAUCCUUAAUCACCCUGACCGUGCUCGACAUCCGGUCCACCGCCGUCGUCCGUGUUGCACAUGGCGUUAACGCGACGCGACACGCGAGAGAGGACCCCAUGAGAUUCAAAAACGCAUUGAAGCUUAGCGCAAAUAAAGAAAAAAAUUAAUAACAAUAAAUGGUAAAUAAUAGUAAUGAUUAUGAAAUGAUGAAGUGUGCGAAGGGGGACAAUAACGACAAAAAAGCUAUUUCGAGGUGGCUUAUUAUGGCUAUACGAGUGAUAUAUAUAUAUACAUAUACAUAUAUAUCGUUAAUUAGUUACAUAAAUUAUGGUGACGAUGAUAAUAAUGGAUCAAACGUUUGCUACUGAAUUGUUAUUACUGUUGUUAGUAUAAUGAGCGAAAACAAGUAUCUUUCGUUUGUGGAGUUCGUCAAUGAGGUACAAGAUUGCGCUUCCCAUUAAACCUUCGGAGGCACCAGCCUACCUCCGGCCUGUCGCAUCGCAAGGUGCGAAUUAUGACCACGGACAAUAUAACUGAUAAAUACUGGCAAAG